CUCCUAUCACCUUCCAAUUUUAGCACCUACAGCAAUCCGACUUAGGCACCAGCUGACAAAUCGGCGUCGCAGCACAAGGUAAAAGGCUGUUCUUCGCAUGCUCGCUCCCCACCAACUUUAAUCAACUCAAAAACUUUACUCAUCAACAGCGCACUACCGCCAGGCUUCCGCAACUCUAAAACCACCCAAAACAAUCCGAAAUGUCUUCGACUAUAACAUAUCUAAUUACAGGCGCAAAUAGAGGAAUCGGCCUCGGACUUACGAGAACCCUUCUCCAGCGCCCAAACACAACAGUCGUAGCCACCAUCCGCUCCUCUACCACCUCCACCGCCGAUCUCCUCGCCCUCCCCUUCGCAGAGGGCAGCCGCCUUGUCAUAGUCCCUUUCACACUGUCUCUCUCCAUCCACAGCGACAUCGCCAAAACCCUCCUCGCCACCCUCGCAGCGUACUCCAUAACCCAAAUAGACGUCUUAGUCCUCAAUGCCGGCCUAGGCUCUUCCUUCCUGCCCACCCUCCAAACCCCGCUUCCCAGUGUGCUGACACACUUCGAAUCCAACACCCUCUUCCCAAUCCACGCCUUCCAAACCCUAUACCCCCUCCUCUCCAUCCCAUCCUCCAAGGCCAUCCUCAUCUCCUCAAGUCUAGGAAGUAUCUCCUACAUGGAAGGCGCUGCACCAACUCUAGCGUAUGGAGUUAGUAAAGCGGGAGCGAACUAUUUCGUCAGGAAGGUGCAUUUUGAACAUGCUGGCGUGAUUGCGGUGGCUGUGCAUCCGGGCUGGGUGAAAACGGCAAAUGGACAGAGCUUCGCGGACAGCAUUGGGGUUGCGGAGCCGCCGAUGACGCUUGAGCAAAGUGUUACGGGCGUUUUGGCACAGAUUGAUGGUGCAACCAAGGCGACUACUUCGGGAUAUUUUGUCUCUUUUGAUGGGAGUGUUAUUCAGUGGUAGGGACAUGGGACCCGGAAACACAACGAAGUCUCAGGAAUGAUUUCGCGUUUUCUGAUUUUCUGCAGCUAUUUGAUGUCCCUUCUUUCUUCAAAAUAACGCGACCCUCAAGUCUGAAGAAUUCUUGUUCGUAAAACUCACUGACUGAUACCCGAUAAACCACACUGAUACUUCUAUAACUGAAUAUCAAUAACGCGAAUUACUCCUUUGUCGGAAUCGGCUCUUCUGUUGGCGCAACAAUUCCCGCUGAAUGCGACUCGUCUUCAUGAGCCGUUACUUUCGGGCCAACGUAGUUACCACCUUUGACAAACCACCACAGCGCGGCAAAUAUCGACAUAGAGCCUGUGAUCAGGCAAGCAUAAUUCAUAUUCACAGCUGUGACUGGAAGCGAAUAUGGGAAACAGUAGAUGACCACGAAAACAAUGAUGUAAAGACAACUGAUGAUAUUGACGCCAUAUCCGAG